GCCGCAGCAAGGUGAUCGGAGCAAGGUUCCGAUCACUUAAACAAACUCCACAACAUUCUUCCAAAUGCUGUUCUCAUCUUGAUCCUAGCACUUGUAUCGCACCAUACUUUGUUCAAAGAGCCUAGAGUACCUAACAUAGAUAUUUAAUUCAAUUGAUCCCCUUUUUUAGUCACCAUGGCUACCGACGUGGAUCUGCCAAAAAGGCAAAUUACACCCGUACCCAUUCCUGUUCUUCCCGUCUCCGUUCCCCAGAAACGACCUCUCGAAGACGACUACGCGCCCCCCGUUUCCUCCCCUCUUAACCCCAACCCCGACCUAAAACCUAAUAAGUCCCAGUCGCAUGACGACGUACUCGCCAUGGCGCGUGAGAAACCUGCCAGAAAUAAAAAAGAUACCCUGAAGAAGCGAGAGUCCAAAGUUGGGCCAGGUGCCGACAGCUCUAGAGCUACACCCGAUCCCAAGAUCAAGGAACUCCCUCCGAACGAGUCUUCGCCUUUGCGUUAUAAAUUAGCACCUCCACGGCCUUCCGAUUUCGAAACCGCCCGAGGCCCAGUCUUUACUCCCCAUCACGAAGUCCCCGCCCCGGAUGGUUCUACCAUUCAAUUUUACGAGACCUCCGAACAUGUUUUCAACAAGAAAAGCUUCCAUUACCUACACUGCAUAGCCGACCCAGCUUUCCCUUCCUCAUUCUACUACCGACAGACCGAACCCGAACCCUACGGCGCCCACAUCAGCUUCGAAGAUGCUGCUACGCACAUGUACAUGGACCAAUUGGGGCGGCACAUAACGACAGACAAGGGAUUUAGGACGGCGAGAGCUAAUGUUGCCGUGCGCCAGGGCCGUUGGUAUUGGGAAUGCAAGAUUACGAGAGGUACUAUCAAGAGCAACGCGGAUGGAAGCGUCGAAUCGCACGGCCACGUGCGUAUGGGAUUCGCGAGACGGGAAGCUUCGCUAGACGCGCCGGUCGGUUUCGACGCCUACAGCUACGGUAUCAGAGACGUGCAGGGCCAGAAGGUUCAUAUGUCACGGCCCAAAGACUUCUUCCCGCCCGGCGAAGAAAUCAAGGAGGGUGACGUGAUCGGACUCGAGAUUCAGCUACCGUCAGAGCAUCUUCACAGAAAGGUCGUGCAAGGUCAAUAUAACCCAGCCGUAGACUUACUCGACGAGGAAGACCCGAUUAUGGAGGCGGCCAAUAUCGUCCGAGACCGAAUACCGAUCCGCUUUAAGCAACACAUUUACUUGGAGAAAAUCGACUACCACACGACCAAGGAGCUUGAGGAUCUCAUGAACCCGUCGCCUGCAGGACCCUCGGGCACUAUCGGCAGUAGACCUCCCGAUAGGCCUAACCCAAACCACCAGGUCCCGGCUCUACGUACGCUGCCUAAAUCCUGCAUCCGCGUAUACAAGAACGGCGUGCUCAUAGGUACCCCCUUUACUGACUUGCUCGCCUUCCUGCCCCCGGCCUCCAAACCUCAAGUUCAGGUUGGUGCCCGCGAGGGCAUGGACGACGGCAUGGCAGGGUACUAUCCUGCAGUUAGCGUGUUCCGGGGCGGUGCAGCCGAAGUCAACUUUGGUCCGCAGUUCUGGUAUCCGCCUCCCGGGUUCCCCGAUUCCGAUGGGGACGGCGACGUGGACAUGGUAGACGCGGACACCGUUACAGUAGCAGUUCCCUCGGCGCCGUCAAGAGGAUCCCUGGAUAAGAUCCGGCCUGUAGCAGAGCGUUACGACGAGCAGAUCGUCGAGGACGUGGUUGCGGAUAUAGUGGACGAAGUCGACUUCUGGAUGCGGGACGGCGCUCGCGUUAUUGACCGUACCGGAGGUAGAGAUGCUAAGGCCGAUACUACGGCGGGGAUUGCCCCCGGCAGAGAGGAGAUCAAGGAGCUCGUCCAGGACGACUAGCAUGCGUUGCGGCGCGGCUCUGCGGUUCCUGUUAUUGGCCGCCAGGCUUCUCUUAGGUUGUCGCGGUUUAGUUGAUGAAGGGCCCAUUAUACUGGUUGAAUACGAGGGAGGGGUGAGAGUCCUGGAUGAUAUGAGGGCGUCGACGUAUGAAUUUGUUGAGAGAGGAGCGGCCAGCCUAUUCCGAGCCUUGACUUUGACAUGCGGAGCGUAGGCUCGUGUGGCUAUCUACCUACCUAAGGUAUCAACACGGCUGCGUGGUAAGGCGUGGUAAGGAGCCCUCCUAGAUAUCGGGCUGAGAAAGGAGUUCGUCCCGCGGGGAGAUUAGCAGAGGAAGAGAAGCAUAUGCGAAGGAUUUCGCCUGUGUUUUUAUGUCGAUGCUUUGAUGCAGAUAAGCUAGGCCUAUGGAUUAAGUGAAAUACCCCAAUUGUAAUUUGAUUCAGAUUCGCCCGAUUUAAACAGUUUCCCGAUGCAUCUCUCAUAUACGGCGCUGGUUAUAAAGGAAGUAGCUGGCUGACUGGUAUGGAGUAUUGUGUUUGCAGGGGAAGUUGGCUUUAUCCAUCACAGAGGCUCUUCUAGAACUCCCCUCCCCUAUUCGACCACGACCAUUGAUUAGACCGAACGAGCUAUAGAUC